ACUCAUCGCUCUCCAUAAUAUAAAAAUAUUUAAAAUCCAAUUUGAAUUUUUCAAUAUCACAAAUUACUAGUAGUAGUCCCCAUUUUCUUUAAUUACAUCUCCAAAGUCAUGCACAAUUUUCUUCGAGAAACAGUUGGUUUUAUUACAAUUUGAGUGGAUUAGUUGGACUAUAUAAUAUGAUAUUCUGCUGACGUGCUAACAUUUUGAUUCUUGAAAAAUUCGUACAAAUAAAAUUAUCUCUCUCAAGUCUCAAGAUCAUGUCAAUAUUAAGCAAAAAUAGCAACAUGGGCACUCCUUCUUUUCAUGAAUUCAAGAAGCAAGCUUCGUUUUUUCUCAAGGAGAAGAUCAAGACUGCUAGAUUGGCUCUUACUGAUGUCACGCCUGCACAACUGAUGACUGAGGAAGCUAUAAAUGGGAAUUCAUGGACGCCGGAUUCGAGAACUCUUGGAUCUAUUUCUAAGGCUGCUUUUGAAGUUGAUGAUUAUUGGAGAAUUGUUGAGAUUUUGCAUAAUAGGUUCUUGAAAUUUGAAAGGAAGGACUGGAGGGUUUCUUACAAUUCCCUAAUUCUACUUGAACACUUGUUGACUCAUGGACCUGAGAGUGUAGCAGGAGAGUUUCAGAGUGAUAAAGAUGUUAUCAAGAAGAUGCAGAGCUUUCAAUUCAUAGAUGAGAAAGGAUUCAAUUGGGGACUGACUGUUAGAAAGAAAUCAGAGAGAAUAGAGAUGCUGCUUGAGAAAGAAAUUCUUCUUAAAGAAGAGAGGGAUAGAGCUAGAAAGCUGACUAGAGGGAUUCAAGGAUUUGGUAGUUUUUGCCAAAGAUCUUCUUCAACACAAGGCAUUCUUCAGGAUUUAUCCCACGGAACAAUCCCGAGAAGCAAUUCCAAGUAUAACGAGCACGAUUCUCAGGAAAAUCAGUUCGCGUUUUCUAAUCAAGAAAAUGCAAUACAAAAAGAUGAAAAUGUGAAGAAGAGCUCAGAGUAUGCAACUUCCGAGGUGAGCAAGAGAAGGCCGAAUUUGGAUACUGAUGACGACGACUUCAGUGAUGAUUGGAUGCACGAGAAACCUGAAACCAGUUUCAAAGAGAAUAAUCCGCUAUUGGAUGCCCGUAGAGAUGAACCAAAAAUCGUGGAAGAGGAACAUCCCUUUGCUGUUCUUAGGGAGACGGAAACUGCUUCUUCUCUCGUUUCAGAAAGAAUCGGGAUCUUGCAAGGGGUUUAAGCGUUUAUUACAGCAGAUAUCUUAUCUGCAGAUUCUCAGACAUCUAAAACAAUGAUAAAGAUACUGGUAUUCCUGUCAUAGUUUGUAGAUUCCGUGAUAUCGACCUUUGCGAGAAGAAUCAAACAGCAUUAUACCCAUAUUGUUCCGAUGUAUUGUGUAAGCUAUCUUUGUUUAUUACCAUAUGAAAGAUCAUAUAGGAACUAAUAUGAUCAAGAAAUUUCUCUUCAAAA